AUGCCUACUCAGAGCAACCCGAAGGCAAGCGUUCUGGAUUUGAAAGCCGAUUUGUGUGACCUUGUCCGACAACGGAAGGCAUUAACGGAGACACUUUCGGCUCUUGAGCGUCAAAUCUACUUGUUCGAGGGAAGCUACCUGGAUGACACUGCACCAUACGGAAAUAUAGUUAAAGGGUGGGACAGGUACCUGCUUUCCACUGGUUCAAGUGGAGGAAGUGUGAGCAGUUCAAAUUUGUCUGUCCCUCCACGCACUGCAGGUGAUAAGCGUGCGCGGAAGUUCCGUGACUCUGAUAGGUUGUUUUCCCGGUCAUCCGUCACAUCCAUGGCCUCACUCAGCGCUCAAAGUGACACGAACAAAACGGGAACCGACUCUUCUAUAUCCAAUCAAUUGAACACCGAUCCUUAUAACAGCGCUGCUGCAGACAUCUUGUCGAACGGAUAUGGGACUCAACAAUUCCCACAAACCAGCAAGAUAUUCCCCCAUUACAACACAGGCCCUUCUGGGAAGAAGAAGAAGAAACAGCGAUGAGAAUAGCACCUGGUGCACCCCCUAACCUCAUCCCUUCAGACAACUCAUCCAGUAGGCCAGUUGUUUAUGACCUCACAUGUACAGUCCAUGUUCACAACUACCCUUAUUUUCGGAAGUUUUUAUAUGGCUGAUAGUGGGAUCUCAUAUAUUCUACUUUUGUUCCGGGCAGGCUCAAAUCAGCCGAUAUUAUGCAUCUGACGAGAACCCAUAACUUCAGAAAUCUGUUUGCGUGUUCUUUGAAAGGGGUAUCCUACUGUGACCUUUUUUAAAAUAUCAGGGCCACAGUUCCUGUGGCGUAGGCUAUGAUCAAAUCAGCACUGCAACUUAAACUUGAUACCACGUUUGCAUGUAAUAACUGCCCGUGGUCAUCAAUCCAAGGUAAGCGGCUCAUCACACGCUUCAGUUUCUCUGUUGUACAAACCUGACUUGUAGCGAUUGUCUUGUCUAAAAACCAACUGUUCGUUCACCGACCGGAUGUAUUACGUGUUCAUUGAUCUGUAAGGUUGAGUACCUCCUUGUCACCUUGUCACUCCAUCUGUUGUCGCUUAUGGUACAUAAAGCUCUGAAAUACACGAUUGU